AUGAAGCGCAAAAACACGGACUUAUCUAUUGACACAAAGCAAGUUAAACACCAACGAGUUGAAGAGACCACUCCGUCUCCUGAUUUCUGGCCUCCCUCUCCUAUUGAAUAUGGGGUUAACGAUCCCGUUAACUACUGGCCACCAACCCCUACUACUGAAACUGAGGACCUAAACAAUGUUGUGUUUAAUAUUGAUGAAGACAAACAAGAACUACCAAAAAGUGAUGUUGUUGUACUCAUCACACAACCUCCUCCAGAAACUAUUUCAAAUUAUGUAAGACCAAACGAUAGAAGGUUUCGAUUACAAGAAAAUAAUAUGCUUCCUUCUUUUACUAAUUCAGAAGGAAGAGCUUUUAAAAUUGGUGAUCGAAUAGCUUGUUAUAGGGAUGGUUUGUUAACUGCUGCACGAAUUAUGGACAUUGAUGAACCAUCAAUCCCAAAUGUUGAUCCGGCUUUACAAGAUCGAAUAUUUGUCCAUUUUGAAGGUUGGGGUCCUGAACAAGCUAAAAUGGUGACCCCUCUUGACAUUUUACCUUAUUUUCAAAGUGGUCCGGUCAUAAUUGGUCCUUUAGGAAAGGAUGACUUAAAGUCGUGGCAGGAAUAUAAAUGUUUCUACCAAUCAGAAGAAGGCCGACUAGCACGUGAACACACUGCUAUCGUCUUUGACGAAACGAUGUUAUUACAUGAAUGUCCGUGUAGAUAUCGUGAUAACAAGGUGACUAGUCAUCCUGAGAAUCCGGAUCGUUGUAUUGAAAUAAUGGGAACGUUUGAGAUUAAAAGAAUACGUUCUAGAAUGGCAACAAAAGAGGAACUUGAAAGUUGUCAUACUGGUGAACAUGUUGUUACAUAUUUCUCAUAUAAGAGGAUUCGUAUGCCAAAGAUCGAAGAAAAUUGUGAUGUAAAGGUCAACGAUGAAUCUGUUGCAGAUAUUGUUGAUGUUGAGAAAAAAGGCUCCGUUGAUAAAGUCCAAAAGUUAACAGAAUGGUGUCCACCGGCUCUUAAAGACGUUAUGUCUUGUGGCGAACUAGGCAUCUGCUGUGAUACUACAUAUAAUUCAGCCGGCACUCCAAUUGCGGCGAGAAUGGCUGCAGGGUCUGUGAUCGAAAUUGUUGGCGCUGUUGCGUCCGGGAAAAUUGCCAACGGUUUUGCGAUAGUACGUCCUCCCGGACAUCAUGCUGAGCGGAAUCAAGCCAUGGGUUUUUGUUAUUUCAAUAAUGUUGGCAUUGCAGCAAACAUAAUACUGAAGAACUAUCCAAAUCAAAUUAAGAAAAUACUUAUAGUCGAUUGGGAUAUUCAUCAUGGAAACGGAACACAGGACAUGUUUUAUGACCGUGAUGAUGUACUAUAUUUGUCGUUGCAUCGUUGGGAUAAUGGUAAUUUUUAUCCUUACUCUGGUUCACCCUCCGACCUGGGUUCUGGUGAUGGACUAGGUAAAAAUGUUAACAUUACUUUUUCUUCUGAAGAGGAUAGAUUUGAUGCGAUGGGUGACACAGAGUAUGUCGCCGCAUUCAAACAUAUAGUGAUGCCUAUUGCCAUGCAAUAUAAUCCCGAUCUAGUUAUUGUAUCUGCCGGUUUUGACGCUGCUGAAGGGCACGAUGGUUUUAUCGGCGGUUAUAAAAUUACACCAAGAGGUGGAUAUGCCUUAGAACCAUUAUCAGCAUCUGCUAGCGCCUGCCUAUCAGCCUUACUUGGUCCUGAACUGUCACCUUUAGAGCAAUACCAGUUGAUUGGUGGUUUAAAUUCAGUAAAACCAAAUUCGGCUGCUGUUUCUUCAUUUCAAAAAGUUGUAGCUACGCUAAAACCAUAUUGGAAGUUUUCGGAAGAAGUCAUGCGUGAUGACUUUCGAUUUUCACUACCAAGCGAAUGGCGUGCAAUAAAUAGUUUAUCAACAAGACCAAAACGUGCACCCAAGCCAAAACGCAGAAUGCCUGUUGAAGGAUAA